GUGCUGCGUCGAGGAAAAGCUGCCCUCGCUCGCCAGCUGCUCUUCAUGCCGUCCUCCACGCCCGCAAGCUGUACUCCCGCCCCCUAUCGCUGCUCCAGCAAUGUCAGAUACAUGUAUUGUGUGCUUAGGCGACCUUGGCGAAGGCGAUGCCGCUGACGUCGUGCCAAGCCUACUCACUGCAACAAGCCAGCUGCCCAAGGAGAACACUGCCAUUGAGACUGUUGAGAUCGCCCAUCUGCUCCCCUGUGGCCAUAACCUGCAUAAUGAAUGUCUAAAGCCCUGGGUUGAACGAGCAAACAGCUGUCCGAUUUGCAGACAGAACUUCAAUGUUGUCGAGCUGGUAACCAAAGUUGGAGGACCUGCCAUAUCUUCAUAUGUCGUGGAAGACCGAGUCCAGGUCGCUGAUAUCGAUCCGUCUAUGCUUGGGGAUGACUUGCUUGAAUACACAGACGAGUUUCAGCCCUGUUCAAUAUGUGGUGACGACGACAACGAAGCUGUACUUCUGCUAUGUGAUGGGUGUGAUAUUGCAUGUCAUACCUACUGUCUGGGCUUAGAUUCUGUCCCGUCUGGACCAUGGUUUUGCAUGCAAUGCAAUUCUCAACGUGUCCUUUCAACCCCAGUCCCUGCCCCUUCUCUUCGUGUCUCCCGUCGACGCACCAGGGCAGAUCAACUGAGGCAUAUCGCCAACACUCAGGUAAAUGCUCUUCACUGGGCUCGAGUGUGGCAGUCCGUCUGGGACCAGCUUCAUCUUGAUCUUGAUUUUCCGUUUGAUGAUGAAGAAGACAAUGGAGUUGGCCGCACUCUACUCCAACGAAGACAAGAGGAGACGAAUCUUAGAGAGUUUCGAGCCUGGCAGCGACGAAUCCGGGUUGCUGAACGUCAAGGCGGGUCGAGCAGGUUACGGGAAGCCGUUCCUGCUCUCCUCGAAAUGCGCAGAGGCUGGCCAUCGCGACCACGGCCUAGGAUUCAAACUCCAGAACCAGAAUCUAUAGAUGAAAUCAGAGCUUGGAAUGCCUUUGAGCGAGCAAACGCUGUCCAGGAAGGGACAUCAUGCAAUAAAAGGAAACGAAAAUCUCCUACUGCCUCUCCGGUGGAGCCUGAGCCCGCCCAGCCAGAAAGAAAGUUCAAACGACCACGAACAAAACGUCCAGAGGCUCUAGCAGAUAUCCUUGAUCAUGGAGGAGAAUCAUCAAGCCGAGGCAGUGGCAGAUUACCCAAUGGCGAUGAUCAGCCACUCAACAGUCACUCUCCCCCUUCAGGACCAAGCUUCCUUCAGUCCUUGCUCAAAGAAGUGGAAGAGUCGUCAACACCCAACAUGCAUACUGUCCCGCUUCGACUAGCCUCAUCUCCCUAUAAUCCCACAGAAAUGAGCUCUUCUGGCCCCUCAUCGCCCGCUCUCUCCCCUCUCUCCUCCAGCCGUUCCUCUUCUCGUCCAUCGUCUACCACUCCACCACCGCGUUCUGUUGACUCCGCACCAAGCGACUCCAACUUUUCCUCUCCAGAAUUUUCCCCUUCCCGCUCUCCUGCUCCCACACGCAAUGCAUCAUCAGAAGAAAGUUUACGGCGUUCUCGAAGGCGUAUACCCGUUGGUCUUCAACCUUGCCAUGAUCUAUCUUCCUCAUCCCAUCCUUUGCGAUCUAAUGAAUCGUCACCUACACGUGGUUUAUCUCUUUCCACCAAAUCCCACCUCCAAAGGAUGGUCAGCUCCGCCCUAAAGCCAUAUUAUCGUCGGAAGGAAGUUUCCAAAGAAGAGUACACCGAUAUUAAUCGCAGAAUAUCCCGUCUGCUUUAUGACCAGGUCGAUGCGUCUGGUGCCCUUGACUCUGAAACCAAGUCAAAGCUCGCUAUCAUUGCCAGUGAAGAAGUCAACAAAGCCGUUUCUAUGCUACGAGAUCUCAGGGCAAACGAAGCUAGUGACAGUAGUGGUGCUGGAUCGGCGCUAACUUCGUCCUGAUCUCUGUCUAAUAAUGAAUAAUCUUGAUGACCCAAUGAAGAGCGAACGAAUUUCGAAUUCCUGCGCGAUACGUGCGUUGUGAGAAAAAAAAAAUAAGAAAGAAAGAAAAAAAGAACGACUUUCGAACGUAAUUCAAAAUUCCAACAUGUACUAUUAUACUGGCCUAAUAUGUUUAACGAGACGAUUUUUUUUUUUUCCCCCUAUGUACUUUCAGAUUUGUUUACCCUCAACUAUCGGCGUUUUCUGGUCCGGUUCGUAAGGGUUAUGUGAUUCGCGGAGUAUGAGCGUUACCCCGGAGUUGGUUUUAGAUGCAUUUGGCGAUUGCACUAUCGUUGGGGUACUAGACUACAGGCGUGGAGGAUACAUUUUCAACAGCUCAGAACAAGUCUUUAUGUAGCAAUAUAAAAGGAAAGACGCUCUCAUCCACCCAUCAGCAUUGACAGAACGACAUUGCCGUUUAGUUGACUCUGCUUUUUCAAGUUGCUAUGAACUUCCACUUCGACUUUGAUUUCGACUGAUCAGCAUCUAACCUACAUGAUAUACCCAAUGAUGAAGAAUUGCUGCUCUGGAACACGCUGUUUCAUGCUAGGUACGUAUAUCAUAUUAAAUUGAUGCUCUAUUGCUAAUGUGGAUAUAACACCUAACUUGCAACGCAUUUAUUUGAUCUAUUGAAUAUCAUUUCUUGCCGCCCAGUGUAGCAGUGUCUGUUCGCUGGCGAUCGGAAGUUGUUACUUCAAAGAAAGUGUGAGACGAUAGCCCCCGAGGCUAUACCGGUAUAUAUCUCCCGGCACAAUGGCCUGCGCCUCGGUAUCUGCACCAAGGCCAAUAAGACGCUCUAUAAGAGCUGUGACCCCUUCAUGAUGCUCAUUAUGGAGAUCUGCGACACAGUACAGAGCCGUCAAUCCUUCCUGAGCUAUAUCUGUGGCCUUUGCUCCGUGAUCAAGCAGUAGAUUGACGACUGUUUAACAUCUCCGCAAUCCCUAAUCUUUCCGUGAGGGCGAAUAAAAGCGCUGUCCGGCCUGACAAAGACCUGUCAUUGAUAUAUGCUCCGUCUGCAAGUAGUCUCGAUGAUUCCUACCUGGUUCCCGUGGGCUGCCCUGUGGAGCAAUGUCUCUCCGUAGAGAGUCGAAAUGAAGAUAUUGGGGUAUCUAUGGUAUUCUAAGCAAGACUGGAAGAGCGAAUACCGCCCCGUAGUAUGUAAGUACAUGCAUUGGUGUCUCGCCCAAUUUGUCUGUAACGAAGACUGAGGCUCCGUGCUGUAGUAGCAUCUU